AUGGCUAUUUUCUCAAAUGUGGGAAACAAACACCAGUAGGUCUCUCAGCACAGAAAAUAAAGAGGUCUCAGGUUUCUAGGAACGCGAAGGUUUUCCCUCUUUCUUAUUGUCCUUUCUGGAGUUCUGAAGCUAUCCGUACAAGAUGGCGGCGCCCUGUAGGAAAGGUCUUCACCAUGGAAGGGGCGUGAGGCCGCCUUCCUGCGCGAGAGACUCAUUCCAAAAUGGCGGCGUCCAUUGUGUUUCUGUAAAAACGGCCGCUCUGGGAGUUAGUUUCUGACUGCCGGCGUUGUGAACGCAAAAGCACGUUUCUUUUACAUCGUCAGAAUGGCAAGUUGCGUGAUGAAGAAGCUGGGAUCCCAGCUGACAAAAAUUGCUUUGGCGUCUCGGAGCUUUCACUGCAGCACAGCAGACCAGACUGGUAUAAAAUGGAGAUUGAAACAUGCUUUAGCUGAGAACGGGUCACAGUACGGGCCCAUGACAGACUUGCCCGAUUGGUCGUUUGCUGAUGGGCGCCCUGCCCCACCAAUGAAAGGUUACCUUCGUCGGCAGGAAAAGAACAGAGAAUUUGCUCGCCGUGUAGCCAUGAUCGCUUCAGAGAUGGACCGUGGGAUGGAGAAAUGGGAGACCAAGCAGAGGGAACGAGAGCGGCAGGCCAAGGAAAAGUAUCGCAACAGACUCCAGCCAAAAGGAGGGAUCCUUCCACCGCCCAAAUAAAUAUUAACAUAAACAUC